AUGGCAGAACAUACCAUCGGAGUAGAGGAGGUCAGGGCCGCCACGUCAUCGGCGGUCUUGGAGACCGCUUGCUUACCUGCGGUCUCGAGUGAGGCUGCAGCCGCGGCCUCACAAACGGGAGGGACAGAGGGCGUGCCGGUCACCACCCGCCCUCAGGGGGAUACCGGCGAAGAGCCGGCGAACGAGGAGAUCAACAAUCCCUCCAUCAAGCCGUCGACUCCCAGAGCCCUCCAGGCGGUAGAAGAGAAGAAAGGGAUCCUCCGCGGCCUCCAGGCGCAAUCCACGCCCGAAGUCUCGUCCAUGGCGCUCAGAGCCGUGGACGAGGUGAAAAAGGUCGCGGAGAGGUCUCGCAACCUCAAGAGGGCCUAUCGCGGGGCCCUGUGGAGUGCAGCGGCCAAGAUGGCCGCGACGAGCCUCGCCCUAGUGCAAAGGGCCAAUAACACCGACAGAUCCGGCACGGGCGAGGCUAUAAGGAGUGAGGCGGCGGCGGAUGCGAGGGAGCGAGCGCGCAUAGAAGCGGAGGCCGAGUCACUUCGCCUGCGGGUCGCCAACCUCGAAGCGCAGCUGGAGGAGGCCCGUAGAUUCGGCCCCUCCAGUAAUCAGCGGGAAGUGGCCACGUCCCCCAUGGAUGUGGACGUGGAAGAUGGCGACAGCCACGGGACUUGGCCGCGGGAGAGUCAUAACAGUAGAGACUCCUCCGCGGACCGGAAGAGGAAGAGGGCGGAACACCAUGACGAUGACUCCCCGUCCUCUCCCGACGACACUAAGAGGAGGGCAUCCCGGCGGAUCCUGUCCACCUCUAGCGAUGAGAAGAUGGCGGUAGAGGGGGCCGCCGGACCCAUCAGGGCCCUAUUCCCGACUUCCGAGGAGGCGGAGUUGAGGUCCUGCGGGCAAAACUCCCCGAGUUAUCCGGGGGACGAGCCGCAGGGACCCAAAAGGCCUCCCAAAUAG